AUGUUUGACUCUACAGUGCUGUUUACCGGGAAUAAGUCCGCUGUAUCUAACGAUUGGGCCCCCAUCAUCCCAGAAGCGUUCCACUAUGUGACAGAUGAGGUGACGGCCGAAACCAUCCAGAGCGUCGCAAAUACCCAGAAGCAGUAUAAUGUUGUUAAGCGGGAAAAUCAUAUUGGUGGUGAGUUACACACCCGCAGCAACAUGGCCAUGGUAAUGGACGAUAUUAGUGGCUACCGCUCGCAGCUUAACAAGCUAUCGGCAGUAUUCAACAACUCUCGCCACUACUCGAUCUUUAUACUUCUGUGUGGGCAGCAGUAUACGAAUGUGACACCAGAGGUGCGCAAAUCUAUGAAUGCCAUCAUCACGAUGGGUACGGACCCAGUAUCCGAACGCGAUCGACUCUACGAUGAGUUCUUUAGCUUUGUGCCAUCUAAAAAACUGUUCAUCGAAAUCUUCAAUAUUGUCACUGCGACUCCAUUCAUGGCCCUCGUUGGAGAUCGCAAUGUUUACGGCAACAACUGGAGGAAUCGGCUGUUUUACUACAGGGCCAAGCCGUACCCGUCGUCUUUUAAGCUUGGGUCUCACUCUUUCUGGGAAUCUCACUACAUGAGGUAUAAUCCAAAACAUAACGUCGAGCUUUUACGAUGGGCGUGA